AUGCUAAAGAUGCCAACAUCAACCAGAACCGCCGUUGCAAUUAUCGUCCUUUCCGUAAUUGGGUUUACCCAUUCGACGACAACCUCACCGGUACGGAUAAACAAAUGCUGCGAGAAGUUUGAGGUCAUGUACGAUGAAAAGUGUACCGUCGCCGCCACGGUCAAUGCAACCGUGUGGAAACCAGAGUUCAUCGGUCGGAAAGGCGAACGGAACGUGCAGGUCGACAAUUAUCGUUUCGUCAUUGGACUGCCAGACUGUGGCACCAAGCAGAAGUUCGACGUCUACGAAUACCACGACAGCUAUGACAAAUUGAUUCUCUUUCCGGAUGGUCAGCUGCGGCACCUUAGUCUGCGCCAUCACAGCACCGAGCAGGGUAGCGUUGACAGCUAUCUCGAUGAGGACUACAUCGGCGACACUAACGGGCCGCUGCUACAGCACGACUUCGCGCAGGGGCUUUACUGUAUGGAUCGUGCUAUCGGCAGCGGCGGUGAGGGUGGAAAACUGAUGGAGGGUUUGAUAGCGAAGGUGUGCUCCCCGAAGCAAGAGAUCCACUGGACCGACAGUGACGUGAUGUUGCGCAAGAUCAUCAACCCGAUUUGCCACGGUUUGGCCAUGAUCAUUCUGCUGAUAGUAGCGAUCAUUUACUUUGUGCUGCCAACGCUGCGCGAUCUCGUCGGCAACAUGGUGACAACGAUCACGAUGUGUCUGAUCGUGAGCCAGGCGGCCGAUCUGGUACGCAUCUUCACCGAGUUCAGCAACCAUGUGAGCUUCCUCAUAGCGGAUCUGUUCUUCUACGUCAGCCUGCUCGGUGCAUUCUUCUGGCUAAAUGCGAUGGGUUACUACAUCUGGAAGAUGUUCCGCACGCGUAACGUUUUCUUGCGCGUUAGCGAUGGUCGAAAGUACUGUUGGUAUUCGGGAUAUGCCUGGGGAUGUACCGGCACGAUGGCAGCAAUCGCAGUGUUUGCACAUUUCUUUCUCGAUCUCCCGGGCAGUAGCACCGGCAACAGUGGCACCGAAACCACUCACCAUCUCGGAAGAGAAAGCUUUUUCGAAGGGCAGGACAAUAUCAGCUGGCUAGGUAUAGCCGUGUUCUUCACCCCGAUUGCGUUUAUUAUUAUAGUGAACAUUUUCUUCUUCGUCACUACGUUACGCUUCAUCAAUCGGAUGCACACGUACGGACGAAUUCAUCAUAAGCUACGCUGUAGCUUCGUUAUGUUCACACUCAUCUUUGCCACAAUGAGUAUCGCUUGGCUGUUUCUCAUUCUCUCGUGGUUGCAUUUUGACGGGUUGCUCUACAUGCACAUCAUUGCCAAUGCGCUGCAGGCACCCUGCAUCCUCUAUAUUUGUGUGUUGCGCCAAAAGCAUGUAACGUUCCUUGUGAAAUCAUGCUUCCGUGACCAAGCACCCCAAACGACCGAGUGGGGUGACGAGAUGACUUACAUGAACGGUGGUGAUUACUAA